CUUCAGCUAUUUACAGCUACUGAACCAUUACAAAUUUACUCUGCAUUACAGCACUGCUCACAUGUCUAGAAUAAGGCAACUACUGCACACACACUCACAAACAUUAUAAACAACAUCAAAAUAAGUUCAUCUGAUAUACUGUAUUCCACACAGUCUGUUCUUUCUACUGCUGCUAUAAUGGUUUCUGUUCCUCUGAAAUAAUUAUUUGCACACAACCCAAUUUUUCCACCUCUCUUCUUCAGAUCCUUACUAAAUUUCACAGCUAAAACCCCACCCUAAAUAAUUUCCAACCCUUUAUCUCCAGACUACAACUCCCUGGAAUUUUCUUCUUGCACAUGUUUUCUCUACAGAAAUCCAUCAGUUGGAUUCAUCUAUCUAUUUCUUGGAUCAAAAAUUAUUUAACCCAAUCCUUGGAUUAAUACAUGAAAGAGAAAUAUAAAGGAAGCAAUGACUGGACCUUACAUGGGACUGGUCACUUCAGAGGAAUGGACCCAGAUGAUGAAUGGUCAGUACAGAAGGUUGGCCAGCACAGGGAAAUGGUUAGUACAGUAAAGUACAAGUUAGUGGUUAAUGAAGUAAGUGAUUGAUUCAGAUCAAUGGCAGUGGAAGGGGAUGGUCAAUCCUGGUGAAUGACCAAUACAGAUGAGUGAGUAAAGUAAGAAAUUUGUCAAUGCUGAUGAAUAGGCAAUGUAGAGGACUGCCAGUGUAAGGAACUGCUGAGUAAGAAACUGAUCAAUGGUUUGUACAAGUGAAUAGGAAAUGCAGGAACUGGUCAAGGCAGGAGAAUGCCCAAUGUGAAAAUUAAGAUGAAUCAUGGAAACUCAUAAAACAGCUUCUUUUCGGAGGAGUAAGCCUACUUUGUGCAACAGCAAGAAGGACACAAGCAUCAACAGCAGCAGUUUUAUCAACAAAACCGACAAAACCAUUCCUUCUUCAUUUGCUACAUCCAUAUAUCCAGGUGUAUACACUCAACUUGAUGCUAAAAUAGCUGAAAAGACACGCAUUAGUAAUGCUGGACUGGCUGGGCAAAUGCAGAUUCAAAACCGCAUGUUAGAAAAAAGUAAGCAACACACUUUAAAACAACAUGAAGAAGAAGUUCUAAAGCUUCAAAAUGAUUUAGAGAAAUUACACAUGUUUUCUCCUAAUUUGGAGAGCAAGAUUUGUUCAACCUCUUCACACUAUUCAAAUUCCCAGAUAACAGCCUAUGUUCACCACACUUGUAGACUGGCUGGAAGCCAUAGUUUAUGUCACAGGUGCUACAAACACCAUACGCCGUACAAAAAUAUAUAUUACCAAAACUGGUGGCUUAAAAAACCAAUUUACUUCAAAUAGUAAUGCUAACAUAUCAGAGACUUAUUUAGAGAGUUACUGUGAGCACCCUACAUCCAUAGAUGUCAUGAUGUACCAAUUUAAUAAAUUUAUUUAUUAUAAUUA